AUGAUGUCCUCGAACAUAAUCUCCCGUUUCCUACCUCCUACGGACUCGCCGUCCGUGUACGAAGCCAUUCAGCGGCACGAUGCUGGCUCCGAUUCCUCUGAUGUCGAAGACCGCGCGAGUUUGGUGCCCGGAGAUGACCGCCGCGAGGGCUUCAGCGACCGAGAGCUGGAGGAUGCGCUGGCAGAUGCUGGGAAUAGCGAUUUCUCCAGCCCGGGAGCGGGCUUGAUGGGUCAUCGAAUAACGGAGGCUGAUCGAUAUGGCUCUCCGUCCAAGUCGCGUCGUCGCAAAUUAUCAAAACCGCGAUGGAUGCCUCAAGCGUCGUCUGCAGGAUACGAUUUGGAUGACAGGGAUGAGGAUGUGCCGUUGUCGCUGUUGGUGGAAGGCAACGACGAGGAAGAGCUGAAGGCUCGCUUGCCCCCUCCGCCUCAUAGUAUGCCCAGUCGCUCCGUCACCCCAAGCCCUCACCCUUCACCCAGCAUGACUCGACGCCGCUUUGACGGCUCUCCAUCUCACCGAGCAGCGGCUACCGUCUCUGAGAACCAACACCCUCUGGGACGCUGGUUUCUCAGACAACAGCACCCAAGUCUCGCGAACAUCGACCCCAAGAAGAAAGCUAUGUGGCGGUGGGCGAACGUCGAGGACCUGGACAAUUUCCUGAAAAAUGUCUACGUCUAUUUUCUAGGAAAUGGGUUUUGGUCCAUCCUGCUCAGUCGAGCUCUGAAUCUCUUAACUUUUGCGUUCAUCGUGGGAUUCACCACAUUUCUGACGAACUGCAUUGAUUACAACCAAGUCCGCGGCAGCAAGGCCUUGGAUGAAAUUCUCAUCCCCAAAUGCACGUCCACAAUGUCUGGGAUGUCCACUUUCCUGCUCUGGCUGUUGACCUUCUUCUGGAUUGGCAAGCUAUUUCAAUACCUGUUGGACAUCCGUAGACUCAACCAAAUGCACGACUUCUACUUCUACCUGCUUGGAGUCACCGACGACGAGGUCCAGACGAUUUCGUGGCAGGAGGUGGUGAGUCGGUUGAUGACGCUGCGCGAUGCCAAUCCAGCAACUGCAGCUGCGGUUUCUGCACGACAUCGCAGAUUCCUGGGCAGUCAGUCCAAACAACGCAUGGAUGCCCAUGAUAUUGCGAAUCGUUUGAUGCGGAAAGAGAAUUAUAUGAUCGCUUUGGUCAAUAAAGACAUUCUGGACCUGACUUUGCCGAUCCCUUUCCUCAGGAACCGACAACUGUUCUCUCGAACCCUGGAAUGGAAUUUGAAUCUGUGCAUCAUGGACUACGUGUUCAAUGAACAAGGACAGUUGCGGUCACUGUUCCUAAAGUCUAAUCAUCGACGAGCUCUCAGUGAUGGUCUGCGCCGGCGAUUCAUCUUCGCCGGCAUCAUGAACAUCUUUGUCGCCCCGUUCAUCGUCGUCUACUUCCUCAUACAUUACUUUUUCACCUACUUCAACGAGUUCAAGAAGAACCCGGGCCAGAUUGGGUCCCGUCAGUACACCCCGUUGGCAGAGUGGAAGUUCCGCGAGUUCAACGAACUCUGGCAUUUGUUCGAGCGUCGGAUCAACAUGUCCUAUCCGUUUGCCAGUCGAUACAUUGACCAGUUCCCAAAGGACAAGACUGCCCAGAUCGCUCGCUUUGUUGCCUUUGUUUCUGGAGCUUUGGCCUCGGUUCUUGCUCUUGCCUCCGUUAUCGACCCUGAACUAUUCCUUGGUUUCGAGAUUACCCAUGAUCGUACAGUCCUCUUUUACCUUGGAAUUUUCGGUACUGUUUGGGCGUUUGCUCGCGGCUUAGCUCCGGAGGAGACCGACGUCUUUGAUCCCGAGUAUGCUCUUCGUGAGCUGAUCGACUUCACGCAUUAUUCCCCUUCAACCUGGAAAGGGCGUUUGCAUAGUGAUGACGUGCGCAAGGAACUCGCAAUGCUUUACCAGAUGAAGGUCGUCGUCUUCUUGGAGGAGAUAUUGAGCAUGAUCUUCACGCCUUUUGUCCUGUGGUUCAGUCUUCCCAAGUGCAGUGACCGGCUGAUUGAUUUUUUCCGUGAGUUCACCGUACACGUCGAUGGGAUGGGCUACGUCUGCUCAUUUGCGGUGUUCGACUUCAAGAAGGGCGCCAACGACACGUCUCAGGGACAGCGAGGCGCUGGAAAGCAAGACCUGCGGACCGAAUACUUCUCCACUAAGGACGGAAAGAUGCUCGCGUCCUACUAUGGCUUCCUGGAUAACUACGGCACCAACAACCAGCCCAACCCGCGGCGCCCAUUCCACCCGCCUCCGGGCUUGCCCACGCUGGGAUCUAACUCUACGGCCGAUGUGGGUGGAUAUCCUGAGCGAUAUGAUCCUCAGAAUCGCACUGGAUUUGCAGGUGGACCUUACGGUCCCCAGUCUAUCCUCGGCGGUUCCCGAUUCAGACCCACGAUGCCAGGCGACCAGCGCUCACCCGCUCCAUCCAUGCUGCUUGACCCGCACCACCAGCCAUCUACCUCCGGCUUCCGCCCCGCGCGUAACGGCAAUUAUCAGCGCUCUCGGCUGGCGCGUCCGAUAGAGGAUCCCAUCGAGGACGACGAGCAGUCCCAGGAAGUUCGGGACUCAACAAAUCGUCAUCCUGCCACGGCCGGAGCCUCCAGUGGCGGCGUAGGCACAAGCGACAGUAAUCUUGGCGAUUCAUGGCGCAUGAACCCACUCCCCAAGGACGAUGCCCAUGCCGAUGAGGAGGAUGAGGAUGAGAACAUCGACGCCAUCGCCGGUGGUGCGGGUGUGCUGGGUCUCAUUCAGCAGUUCCAGAAGGCCAACACUGAGGGCCGACGAACUAACGUAGGCAUCUAG